CUUUGGCUCUUGACUGUACCUAUUCUUCUUCGCGUACAAACUUUCGAAGCAACUACCGGUGGCAGUCCGCACCUCUAGGUCCUCGUUACCUUCGAAUCGUCCAAGCGCUCCGCAUUCGGGCUACGAAUACAUUUCACUCACACUCCACAUUUCGUCAUUUCGCAAAAUUACCAUGGCGCUGUAUCAUCGCAACCAGAAUAGAGCUGUUGCAGACGAAACAUUAUAUUACCGGAAUCUUCCAUCCAUCAAUGGAUCCCGCGGUGGUUACAAUGCGAACCUCCGGAGAGUAGGGGACUUCUCUCCACGAGCAAGGCUUGGGUUUUCAAGGUAUCGGAUUUGCUUGUCCAUGGUGGCGAUAGGAAUUAUGUUGGCAUCGCAUCUGGGUUGGAUGUCAACAACUGUGCCAUUUUCGUCCACCUUAUCAAAUCGUAAGGAUGGGGAAUCCCUGCAAUGGUUUUUGCAGAGUCCUAGUGUUGGGAAUACACUGUUGCAAUCCAAUGGGCGACCCCGGAUCAAACCAGACGAGUUCUAUUUCAAAGGUGCUUCGGAGAGAGAAGUGGAGGCUUUCUUUUACUACGACGAGCGAUUGCUGCAGAAUGAAUCGCUCAUUGGUCCGCUACUGAUGGAUCAACAAGAAGGGGAACCUCGACCGCGGCGAUGGUGGUAUUGUGACGAAGGCGAGCACGACGACAAGGACGAUAUACUCGUGCGGGACACGAAAAUCGUCUAUAUUCACAUGUUUCGUUCGGCAGGGACGAUUAUCCGUGCCCUGAUGCGUGGAUAUGCAGAAUUCUGUCACGCUGGAUUGGCGAUCGUCACGCAUUGUGUUGAUGUGGGCUACGAAUUCUUGCUGUUGGGUGGUAAGCAUGGUGAUGAGGCCUGGUACAACAGUUUAGAAAGUUCUAUGCCAUACCAUAUGUGCCAGAAUUCCUACAUGGCCAACCGUACGGGCUAUAAAAGGCAAGGUGGCCCGAUGGACUCGUCGCAACUGCAACAGGUUGACAUAGUAGCUGGACGCAUUCCUAUUGGUAUGGGACAGUUUUGGAAAACAAAGAACGAUAACAAACGCGUGACCGCACCACCAAGGCAUCUUGGAAAUCAACCAACUCAAUCGUCGCCGGUACAGUACGUGGUUUGGUUCCGACAUCCUGUGAACAAGUUUGUCAGUGAUAUUUUGUCGGAGAAGCGUACGUUCGAUUGGACAGUUGCACGAGCCGUCGAAGAGGUGGAGGCUCGGGUUCAUGCCGAUUUGGCCAAGAGCGUAUACUACGAACGAUACGCCGCUUACUUGAUUACUCCGGAACAAAAGUAUUGGGUAACCCGUGAAGGAAUCUCGUGGAGCAGUGCCCGUCGCGUCAAUCUCACUCGGGCCAAUUUGGUGCGACACAACGUUGUCGUCGGAUUAGUGGAGCGCAUACCGGAAAGUAUCGAAUUACUACGUUUCAUGAUGGACCAAUCCCAACAAGUGACGAAAUUGUUCGAAUUCUUUGCCAAUAUAGAAAUGACCUCGAGAUUACCGCUCAUUCAAUCGAUGCGUUCCAAUAUUACUGGGGACGUCGUUUAUGCCCUGGAGCGCAACGCGAGCUUGUGGAGUUUGGUAUCCGACUAUACACAGUACGAUCAGCAAAUCUACGAGACGGCUGUCACUAUCCAUGAGCGACAAUCGGAUUGGUUACAUUCGCUAGCAUCCUGGAAGCAUUGA